UGUCAUCAGACUUGUUAUUAUUUGCUAACAAUUUACAUUAUUUAUAUAAAAGUUGAACAUUUAAUAUAGUGUAAUCUAACUAAAUAGUAAUUUAAAAACCUUUUUGUGGAAUGUUACUUUAUUGGUAUGGAACAAUCAAAAAGAAAUAAAUCUAGAGAUGCUGCUCGGCAGCGUAGAGGAAAACAAAAUGGAGAGUUUGGUGAAUUGGCUUGUCAGCUGCCACUUCCUAAAGGAGUUGCUGAAAAUCUUGAUCGACUUUGUACAAUGCGUUUAUCAAAUAGCUUUAUAAAGAUUAAGCAUGUAUUAAAGCAAAUUAUAGGAACUAUAACACCAGAACAAAAUACUUCUAGUUAUUUUAAUGCAUGCAUUCCACAGGCUCUUGGAGGCUUUAUUUUUGUUUUAAAUAAAGAUGGUCAAUGUUUGUAUAUUUCUCCAAAUAUUAAAGAAAAUCUUGGAUUAAACCAAUUAGAUAUGAUGGGUGACAGCUUUUAUAAGUAUGUGCAACCAUGUGAUCAAGCUACAUUAGCUGAACAAAUAGGUGGUCAAGUUCCUCUUGAAGAUAUGGAAAUAUUUGAUGGCUUGUUCUGUUCUGAGGCAGCACCAUGUUUGCAGAAUCCCAAGAAAAAAAUUUGUGAUGAGCUCAAGAAUAGUCCAUAUCGAUCAUUCUUCUUGCGUAUGAAGUCGACUCUGACCAGUCGUGGUAAAAAUGUCAAUAUAAAUGCAUCAACUUACAGAGUUGUGCAUUGCACUGGGACAAUUAAAAACUAUAAAACAAAACUCGAUCUAAAUGAAGGUUUCACUCAGUGUUUACUUGCAAUUGGUAACCCCUUAUUGACUUCUACAUCAGUUGAGUUUCCUAUAGAUAGAAAAACAUUUAUCAGCAAGCACAGCCUUGACAUGAAAAUAUUUGAAAUGGAUAACAUAACAAGUUCCAUUCUUGGAUACAGUGACAAGGAGAUGCUUGGUUAUUCUUGGUAUAUCUACAUUCACUUAUGUGAUACUGAUGUGGUAAAAGCUUGUCAUGAAACACCCGGCGAAUUAUGGACAGCAAUGAGACGUAUUGAAGAAAGGACAAUCGGUGAGCGCAUAUUAUCGUGUAUUACAUUUAAAUGGAGGGUGGCUAUGGUUACAAACUAUCGGAAAUGUAGUCUAUUUAGAAUCAAAUGGUCAACCACAAUAUAUCUUUUGCAUGCAUACUGUAGUGAGUGGUCUCGAGGCUGAAGGAACUGUAUUAUCUACAAAACAACUCGAUGUUUCUGUGAAGCGCAAGCACGAAAUCAACAAUGUGAACGUUAAAAAAAGUUCAAUUAAAGAAAUAAAGGUUAGCAAUACGGAUCUAGAGAGUUAUGUGCCAGUAAAGAUAUUCAAAGAAAAAGUUGUCGAAAAAAGUAAUCCUCAUUAUUUGCCUGAUUCUCCGCGACCGCCGCCGCCACCACAACUUUCUAACAAUAUGGAUGAUGAACUUUCUGACAGUGAUAUUCCAGACCUUGAGUUUCUUGACUACGAUGAUGUGGGUGUACCAUUAACAGAAAAUUUCGUUUUUGAUAGAUCGCCAUAUGUUCCAUCCCCAAUGGCGGAUGUAAAACUAAAAGUGGAUCUCGAUGACAUGUUAAAAAUAACACCAAAAGUUCCAUUUGAUUGCAUCGAGUCUUUUCCUUUUGACGACAAAGACACAAAUUGCGUAAUUAUACCAAUGGGUUAUGUUAAAUGAAAAAUUAUCUAUUGAUGGCAAUAAAAUGUUUUGAUGUCUAAAUUUUUUUUAGUUUUUUUUAUAGACACACAUUCAGUCAAUUUCCUUAAACAACAUUUAUUUUCAUAUUACUUAAUUUUAUUCUUUGUUGGAAUUCAAUCAAUCUCUUAAUACUCAAUCUUUCCAAUAGUGAUGUAAAUAGAGUUGAUGGUUGAUUGGUUGGUAAACGAAGCUAAUCCGUGUUACGGUAGAUCAUAAUUUAUAUAAGAAUUCAUUUAAAUAUAUUAAAUAUAUUUAAAUGAUUUUUCUGUUUUGCUAAAUCUUUUUAUUAUAUGUUUUCUUAUAUCAACUUAUUUCACACAAUUGUAAAAAGAAAAGUGUACCAUAUUUGUUUCACUGGUUGAACAUUUUAAUUUCAAGCUUCUGUAAUUUUUUUUUUUAUAUAUAAGUGUAGUAUGUGUCUUGUAUUAAAUAUAUUCGUUUUGGUUAA